GCUCUGAUGAAUUUUUCAUGUUCCAUCGAUCGCUUGCGUUGUCAACCGUGUUUGGGUUGUCUACUGUCCGUGAACUGCAUCAUGUGAUAGCUUCGCUGUCGUCAAUUCAUCUACUUAUUUAUCUGCUCCAAUCCAUAAGCCGAUUUAGUAUCAUUAUGGUGACAGCAGCAGAAUCCCGCGCGGUCGGUGUCUCUCAAUUUGGUCGUCGCGGUUGGUGUCCUUGGUCCGAAUGGAGCCGCUGUGCAAUCGUUCCCUGUUUGAACGAGAUUCGCUUCAGUGCCACACGUCUGUCUGAUGAUCUUGCCUCUCCUGAUUCCUCUCUCUGUCUCAUAACUCCCAGUGCCAGAUCCAAAGGAGUUAUUCCGACUGCAGUCGUUCAGUCAUCCCAAGGUGGUGUGGUUCACACUAUCACGCCGUUCAGACGUCGAACCCGAGAGUGUGCGUGCCGGCUUCCACCUUUAACUUCACUCAUAAAUUUUUUCAAGCCAGGAGGACAGUGUUUACAUGAUUCAGAACAUGUUCAUUGCGCACCCUGCAGUGUGGAUGAAGUCAUAUAUUCUCGUUUGGACCCCGACUCAGACGCUCGGCCAUUAUCCUUCUGUGCCCCAACCGGAAGUGCAGGUUUCAGCCUAUAUAGCCUUUUGGGUGGCGUGGCUGGGGGCGUAGUCAUUAUUCUCUUCAUAUGUUGGCUCAUUCGCAUGUUAAUCAAAACGUUUCCCUAUUCAAAUCGAUUAAGCGAACGAGCUCGUGAUAAUUAUUCUUACCAACGACGAGCUCGUGGACCUUACGGUGAUCGGCGCCGAGAUCCCUCCGAGACUGUGAGCAACGGUCGUACUGCGGUUUCAGUGAUCCCUGACAGUCAGGUGUCCCGCAUUCUCGAGUUCUCAACUUCGCGGCCUCCCAGAAGCGAACCACCCCCAGCUUACAAGGAUGUGAUUCGUGUCCCUCCCGUGGUCGACUUCGUUAACACAAACAGGCGUUCCCAGAAUGGUCUUCAAUUACCGUCGGAAUUUGUACGGGGCUUGUGUAAACCGUCGCUUCUUCAAUCUCAUCUCACACCUGAUAGGAAUCCCACUUGUCCGGCUGAUGAUCGCGAACGGGCGACUUCCUCUUCUCAAACGCCCAAUGUGCGUUCAUCUCAGACUCCUCCGCCGAGUUAUGAAGAAAUCAUUUCUAGUGACAAUUUACGAUCAGAAACCCACGCCGAGCCUUCUACUCAACAGAUUUCAACCACAAGUGAUACUGGAGCCGACGAACACAAUGUUUCGACAGCAAACGCUUGACUAGGGCAAUGUGUUUGGUUCCUGCUGAAUACCCGUAGUAGCGCGGCGCUACGCUAAUGGUCGAUUCCACAUUUUUAUUACCGCGUUCUCGCUAAAACAUCAUAGUGUACUUGAGAAAGCAGCCGACUGCGAUCUCGAUUGUGUUCGCUGCUUCUCUCAAGUCACUCCGCCUUUCUCCUCCGUCCCGUCACCCCGCGCUGCCGUAUGCACCCUUUAGCCUUAUCUCGCUUUGGUAUUUUCUCUAAAUUCUUCAGCUCACUGACCGUUACUCGAACUUUACUUUCAUCAGACAUUCAAUAUGCAAUUAAGAUAAUCAGCGCACAUUUUGAUGUACCAUAUUUGCGUUUAUUGAAUUGAUGAUACUUAGGCCUCCCCUUUCAUUUCCGCACUUAUUUCGUGCUCUGAUCAUUCAGAUGAUGGAUUAUUUGUUUCCUAGACAUUGCUGUGUUACUAGCAUCUUUUUGUAUUUGCCAGCUAAAUCAUGUGUCAAAUACAAUCAUUGUUUGAGACUAGCAUUCUUGCCCUUACAUUUCUUACUCCUAUGCUUUGAUUUGCCCACCAACUGGAUGAAUAAAUAAUUUUUU